AUGGAAACCAAGGCAGUAUCAAAGAAGGCGGCGACCGGUGCGUCGCCGGCGACGAAAGGAAGCAAACGAACGACAUUCACGUUCAGUGCGGAUGAACGACAGCAUUCGUUCAAGACGUCCGACAAGAGCAUCAAAGUGGUGUGCAGCGGCGGUACACAUGACCGUGGCAGCUCGAAGAUCAAGCUGAUAAAUAUGGUAGAUUACAAAUGGGAGCAGAAAAACUAUCCCGGUCGGCUGAUUGCCUGCCACAAGGAGCGGGAUGUGAUGGCGUACGCUAUCAAAGUGACGAAGCACUCGAAGAGCGAAGGAAUGGUGCGGGUGGUGCACCUGCAGGCGUGCGAUCGAGUGCUGAUCAAGGGUAUGUCCGGCGAGGUGCUGGACAUCCAGUUUGCCCACACGUCAACCCCCGAUUGCCUCCUGGGCAUCAUCGAACCGACCGCUCUGCACGUGCACCACGUACAGCUACAGGACAAAAAGCUAACGACCACGCUGAAGGUCAAGAUCAACGAUCCGCUCGAGGGGCACGUUCCGGUGUGCGAUCGGAUCAGUUGGUGUCCGUAUCUGCGUGAGCCCGAGGACGAGGUGGACGAUUUCGCCAGUCAGCUGCUGGUGUGGACUCGGGGUUCCACCUUUCAGUGCUAUAGCGUCAGCACGCUGGCGAAGGCGGCCGGUGAUCCGACCAACUUGUCCGCCUGGAUGUUGAACGAGGCUGGAUUUAAGGCAACCGACGGCGAGGCAACCAUCACGGGCAGUGUGUUGUCGGCAGACGGCACGACACUCGCGCUCAGCUCGGCGGAUGGGCUCAUACGCUUCUAUCAGGUGUAUCAACAUUCGAACGACUACACGCCGCGCUGCCUGCAUGAGUGGAAACCGCACGAUGGCAAGGUGCUCAACAGCUUCUUCUUUCUCGACGACUACACCGAAACGGUGGACGAUAAUACGCUCUGGAAGCACGCGAUCACGUGCGCGGAAAACAACACGGAAAUCAAGCUGUGGUGUUGCGAGUCCUGGGAGUGCCUGCAGACAGUGCGCCUUACGGCUGGCUCGCCCAAUCAAGCACCGCUCAAUCUGCGGGCGGAAAUUGACCUCGCAUCCACCUACCUCGUGCUUUCCGACAUGAGCAACCGUCAGCUGUACGUGAUGCAGAUACGCAAGGGUGUGGCCAAUCUGCACGAUCCUCAGCAGCAUCGAGCACUGGUGUCGCAAUCGAAAUCGGGCACCUCUAGCCUGCGGGGGAAAGUGGCCGUACCGAAAACGCUCGAACAGAUGGCCCUUCAGCGGCCCCACAUCGUGUCGAUCGCCGAGUACCCGGUUUCGACACCCAUUCUGUGCUUCAGUAUCCUCUACGCUACGGUGCGGACGCAAAAGUUCGGCGACGCUUACCUGAUGCGCAUGAUGGACGAUGACGACGAGGAUCGGAACGUGCAGAGCAGCGUCGUGUUGCGUAUGUUCCUUCUGCAACCGAACAGUCUGCAAAACUGCAAGCUGGUGUAUAAUGCGGUACCGGAGGAAGUGGCCGAUACCGAGUCGGCAAUGGCAGGCAACAGUGAUGAAGCAGUGGCGGAAGAAGAUGAAGAAGAAGUCGCCGGAGAAUUAGAGGGCAACCUAUCCGAAGACGACGAUAGAGCGAAAGGUGUAACGGUGCCAGCUUCGUCCAGCAAAGAGAGUCCUGCUAGUGGCAGUAGCAGAGAAGACGACGAAGACGAAAACGGCGAAGGUGGCAAGAAGAAGGACAGUGGGAGAGAUGCUGACCAGCAGCGCGAUACCUUCGAGCGCACAAUGGUUGCGGCAGUCAAAAAGCUCAACGAAGCGAUCCGGGUUCAGACGGAUUUGUCAUCAUCGGUCGACACCACACCCAACGGUGGCACGGGCAUCGUAUCGACCACACCAGCCAUGGUCAAUAAAGUGAACCUCAUGACACCGGAUUCGUUCAGCACACCGACUACCGGAGGUGCUUCGUCUGAGCGACCUGCCAAUUGGAUACAAUCCUACGCGGACCGUGGCGCACUCCGAGGAGGCCAGUACGAUCAGCUGGCGGUUAAGACCGAUCAAAAUACUGCCGCCAGUGCUGCUGCGGGCCUUAUGACUCCCUGCGGCAAUAACAAUUCGUCGGCCACCAGUACGACCGAUGCCAGUGGCAGUGACGGUUGUACGAGCGACGAUGAGGAAGAGGAGGAAGAGGAAGAAGAGGGCGGUGGCAAUACUAGCAUCGCAUCGAUUGCCGGUUCCGAACGUAUAGCCAACACCACGGACGAUCCGGAUGACGUGGAGGAAGACGUUCAGGAGGAAGGCAUAGAAGAAAAGGCAAUCGGAUGUUCCGAUGCUGGCGAUUCCGACCGGCAGCAACGGGUCGCUGUAGCUGCUCUGUCCAAUGGGGUACCCAGCGAGCAGAAGAUAAAACAUAAAAGAGUUCCCAGCGGUGGCAACGUCAUGCUGAACGCUUCGAGCACUAUGCUGACCGUAGAGCAUUUUUCGAAAAUACUGACCCUAGAUGAGGCGGAACCAGCGACGGUUCGAGAAAAAAAUAAAUCCGACGAGACGGUCAACCCGAGCGUACUCAGUACACUUUUUAUGCUGGCGAAUGCCACCAAACAACAGCAGCAUCUGCAUCCAGCGCAACCCAAAGUCGUGGAGUUGAUUGAGGCGACCGACAGCCAGAGGGUGGCCAAGACGACGACAGCGACCACUGCGGGCGGAGUUGCACCACCGACCGCAAAUGCUCUGGAGGCGUUCGUCAACAUGGUCAACAGUAGGGCGGCCACAGAAGAGACAAAGAGCGGUGGUCUCACGGUCCCCAGUAAGCUACGCAAAUCGGCCACCAACGGUGAAGUAAUGUCGGAAAGCGGCGUCAAAGCAGACACUCCGAUUGUACCGCCGAUGCCGUCGGUGGAAAUGUUGGCGAGCGGUGGGUCCAGUCCUAGUCGCGAGGUGCAACAGAUCAUGUCGACCAAAGGUGGCACCAGCAUGGUGGACGAACUGUUCCAGUACAUGUGCUCCGACCGGCAGGACACCAGCCCCGACGAGGAGCUGAAUGCGGACGACGAUGGCGAUGAGGACGAAAGUAUGCUGGUUGCUAGCUACGAUGACGAGCAGGAGGUCGAGGUGGAAAAUGAGAAGACUUUGGCGUGUAAUAGGAGUGACCAAACUGAUGGAACCGGUGACGGCAAUGAGAAGGAAGCGGCAAUGGUGGGCGUUUUGAAGAAUGCUGCCAAUACUUCCGGCGUUGUCUCAUCGAAGGAGGAAAAAGCAAAACCCAUGGCAAAAGAGACGAUCAAUCGGUCGUCACCGGUGCGCGAGAGUACGUUGGACGCCCGGCCACCGCAGCCCGAUUUCUGGCCAACGACUGUACCGAAGGAGGUUUCGAAUCCGGACACGCAUUUGGCGGUGGAAAGUGAAGCAAUUGCUCUGCCACAUGCGCCCCCACCAACACCUGCUGCCGUUGCGAUCGACACGACCCCUCAACUGACUGCGCUCAGCGGUAAAAUGGAUCGCAUGAUGGAGCUGCUGUUGCUUCAAUCGCGCCAAAUCGAACAGCUCAACACGCAGAUCGAAGCGCUCAAGAAGGGCAAAAAUGACGAUCACCGUCGUUACCAAGCGGCGACCAAUCGUCUCCAGCAGACCCUGCCGAAGGCCAUCGAAACGCAGUUGAUAGCCUUCUGCCAGCAGCAGGCGCACCGUACCGAGGAGCAGCUGCGCUCCGUGUUUACAGUGCUGCUGGCGCAGAUUGUGGGUACGCUCGAGAAUCGGUUGCCAAAGGCGGGAAUGCCCGAGCGGAUACCGGAGCAGUUCAGGGCAGCACUGUUGAAGGACAUACAAGGGUUCGUUUUACCGCCAAUCACGGCCAAGAUUGAUGGUAUGCAACAGAUGCUGGCAAUGGCAAAACUGCGCUCAAAUGCAGCCGUGAUAAAGGAUGCGGUGCAAGAGACAAUCCUCAGUCCGCCCAUCUUGGAUGCACUGUCCACGUCGGUCCAGAAGGGAAUGCAAACCAAUCAGGAGCAAAUAUAUCAGGCAUCCCUUCGAGACAUCAUGCUUCCGGGGUACGAAAAGUCCUCCCAGGAACUGUUUCGUCAACUGAACGAAGCCUUUACGGUCGGCAUUACAGGGUUCCUGCGUCGAAUCGACUUCCACCUUAUGCGUAUGAUACGUUUCCAAGGACAAGCUGUCGACCUGGUGGAAAAAGUGCGUGUCCUACCGGAAAAGCUGGCUGCUGAUGGCGAACGUGUGACGGCCACCGCCCUGCAAUCGUUGCGCGAGAGCAUCGAAAAGGAUUUGAAGGUGAUGCACACGCCAUUGCUCAAGACGAUCCGCGAUAACAUUCGACAGGAAAUCGAGAAAGGAUUCGAAGCACAAGCGUCCUCCCUCGAGGAUUCCGUCCUGUCAGCGGUGCGCUCGCAGGCACAGACGCCCGCACCUAACAACGUCGACGUUCAGGAGCAGAUCCGUCAGUAUCUCGCCGGCGGUCAGAUCAACAAGGCCUUCCACAAAGCGCUCCUAUCGAACGAUCUCAGCCUGGUAGAGUUCGUGCUUGACCGGGCCGACUACAAGCAGGUGUUUAAUCCGUGCACGCUCGAGCAAACGGUGCUACUGUCGCUGAUACAACAAAUCUCCGCCGACAUGUCCAACCACAAUGACCUAAAGCACAAAUAUCUGUCGGAUGCGAUCGUCAGUCUCGACUUUCAGGAUCCAGUCACGAAGGAACACUCACCGAAGGUGAUGCUCGAGCUGAUCAACAACUCGCAGGCGUUCAUGAGCGCCAACCCGAGCAGCUCGCUCUGCACCAGCCUCAAGAUGCUGGUUAGUGCCGUCCAAUUCAUGGGCUACAAGCAAUUUUGAUAUCUGGUGAAGUAGCAGCAAGUGCAGCAGCACCAGCAGUUGCAGCAACCCAAGACUGACGGCACCUGAUAGCAUUCCAAAUCCCGGCGGGCCCUUCGGCGGAGAGCGAAACGUCGGGCGAGGAAAAACAAAAUCGGCAAGCAACUCUCAACCACAAGCAAUCACGCAAUCAAACCACAUUUGUAACUGAACGAACAAAGCUAGGAACUCGGACGAUAGGGCCAUUGUGACUGCACUGGACGCGACGAAUGGGUAGCGUUCUCUGCUACCCUGCUCUAUUUUGUAUCAAUUUUGAACCUCCACUUAGCAGACUUCAUUCUUUUACCAUCUUCCGGCCUCUCUCUCGUGUUUCAAUUAUUUUAAUCCCUUUGACUAGCGGCAUGAAUCUGUGGAGCAGGAGAUUAUUAUGGAGAAGCGCUUAUCGACAGACAACUCACCAAUCCUUUCUCUCACUCUGUCUGCCUAUCUGUCUUCCAACGAGCGCGAUAUACUUGUAUUAUUCCGACUUAAUAGGACUUUAGCAAGACGAUAGAGCAAUAAUGUUCAUCCAUCAUUAGAAACGUGCUAUAAUU